GUCUGGCCGGAAACGUUGGCCAAACUAGAUAGUGUCUAUGACGAACUUAUUGAUUGCUACUUGAACGAUCGCAAACAAUGUUUAAACGAGAUGACGUACGCCCUAACAGCUUAUUCCCAUCAGAACAAGCCCGGCAAAGUUUUGGAAAUGGUCAGGAUUUUAGUUUCGGCACCGUGGCAUAUUCUUCAUCCUUUGGACAAAUUGAGAAUGAUGAAAGCUUGGAGCAAAUACAGCCAGGUGCUCAACGAUCCAGUGCGUAAUCUCAACAUGCGACUAACAUUCCAGAACGGCGAAGUCACUUUCAUCCAAUCCCAUCAUCUGUCUAACGAGUCGGCGUUAGGCAACGCUUCCACGCCUCUGCAGAUGGAUUACGACGAAGAAAAUGUCAUAGCCGGAACCAGUGACAACGAAACACGUUCAGAGUCCCAGGAGGAGCAGCAAAACGUGCGGAUGCACACUCCGGCGCUUAUGUACGACAUUCCAAGUCUCCCGCAAAACGUUUAA